AUUGAUGUGUUUAUUACGAUUGAUUAAUCAAUCAGUGAAUUUAAAAAACUUGCCUUAUAUUUAGUUUGAUUACAUUUCCGAGACCCGAUAAGAGAGGGACCGAUAGCAGUAGAAACGUGCUCGCUGAAUCGCAGUUUUAUCUCUCGUUACUCAACCGGGAAUUGGCUCUGGAGUUUUGCCCUCGUCGUGGGUUUCGAGUUGCGUUUGCAGUUCAGAGCAGGAAAAAAAAGAGGUUAGGUGGUAGUCUCGUGCACGGUGGUCUCACACGGUGAUCAGGGAAACGAGGAAAAAUGGCAAGAUUGAUCAUCCAAGGUGGUAAAUGCGCGGUGAAGACGUUCAUCUCUUAUGGCGAUUUAUUCGGCACAACCGUGAAGUCGAGGAUACCUUUCGCCAUGGCACGAUCCAUAACCACAACUCGAUGCUUGAGAAAUGACCGAUUGUACACCAACAAGCACGAAUGGGUAACAGUAGAUGGCAAAAUCGGCACAGUCGGUAUAACGGAUUAUGCGCAGGAUGCGCUUGGAGAUGUCGUGUUUGCGCAGCUUCCCGAUGUAGGAUCUAUAAUCAAGAAAGAUGAGGAAUGCGGGGCCUUGGAAUCAGUGAAAGCAGCUUCGGAAUUGACAAGUCCAGUCAGUGGGAAAGUUAUGGAGAAAAAUGAAGCAGUUGAAAAUAAACCCGGAUUAAUUAAUAAAUCUUGUUACAAAGAUGGUUGGCUAUUCAAAGUAGAGUUAAGCGAUCUAGAUGAGCUUAAAAGUCUAAUGAAUGAAGAGGUUUACAAUAUGUUUUUAAAGUCAGACACACAUUAAGUUUAUAUUCUAGACAAUUUUUUUUAGAUGUAAAAUUUGAACCAAGUUAGUAACGUCGAAAAUUAUGUGUUCUAUUUAAAGACAUUGAACACAUAUGCAAAAUACAUUUUACUAUAAUUGUUCGUACGAUAUAUUGAUCAGAUACAAUAUAAUCAGAAAUUAUUCUGUGUGCGAUUUGAUGUAAAGUAUAAAAAAAUGUAAAAUGUCUUUUGUCUUACUAUACUUGUACAAUUCAUAUAAAAUCCAAAAUAUGUUACGUAUUCACUUUAAAUAUAUCAUUACUUUUUAUGAAAAAAAUUGUAUUUGCACCUUAGUCAGCUGGAGUUACAUGUCUAUUACUUCAUUCAGUAAUAAUAGAAAUAUUAAUUUAUAACAAAAUUUUAAGCAAGCAAGCAUUUAAUGUUUUUCUAAUAUCAUAUAUGAUCUUAAUUAAUGAUAGAGUGAUGUCGAAAAUUAUCUAUUGCAAACUUAAAUAAAGCUGUAUGUUAACAUAUUAUACAUACACAAAAAUAUACAAAA